GAGCUAGGAUUUCGAUGGUAUAAGAAGAAGAAGAAAAAAGAGAGGACCAACGUCAGAUUGAAAUCUCUGCACUUCCAAUCUGAAUAGAUGAAGUUAUCUUCGAAAUCCAUCAUCUCAUCCAGCCCAAAUCGAAUAGAUAAAUACCCAACAGCUCCUCAUUCCCACCCCUUGAGCAGAUUUUCAAGAAGCAAUGGUGGAAAUAGGAGCAGGGGAAGAUCCCGUUCCAGCCCCAUGUUCUCUUCCUUGCUUCGAAGAAAGAACGUUUCAUCCAUCGAAACCCAAGAGCCCUCUUCCCCCAAGGUCACUUGCAUAGGCCAGGUUCGCGUCAAAAGAUCAAACACCUCAUCUACACCCAAAUCCUCCUCCGCCACCACUACCACCACUUCCAAAAACCCCACCCAUUCCAUCUGCAGAUGGCUUCAAACAGCUCUCUUCUGCAGCCGCUUCCCCCGCAAGACCAACAAGCACCCUCGAAGAUCAUCGUCCCCGCCGGCUCGCCGUCGACGUUUCACGUUCCUUAUGAUGGGCUACAACAGAAAACACCACCACCACAAACAGGCUCUAGAAGAAGACCGAGAAUCGAAACCAGGACAUGAACCCGCAGCAGAUGAGUCGGAUUCGGACUCGGAUUCGGAAGAAGACGAAGAAUCGAAGGUUUUCGUCUCUUCCAUUCCUCCUAAAAACGCUCUGCUGCUGAUGAGAUGCAGAUCUGAGCCUCGUCGAGCUUCCGCCCUCGCCGAUCGCGUUUGGGGCUCUCCGUCUUCUUCUAUAGUAGACAAUGAUGCAGGGGAGAAGGAAAAUCUCAGAACCUGUGAAGAUACCAUCCAAGGAGAAGAAGAAGAAGAAGAUAAUGAGGAAGAUGAAGAGAAACUAGCCCAGUUAGGGGUCUCAUCUCGACCGUUGAUUCUACCACGGUGCAAAUCUGAGCCGGCCACGAGGACAGGAAAUCUGGUCCCUGAGGAAGCGAGUAUAUGGAAGAACAUGCUUACUGCGAUU